CCCCCGACAGAAAAGUGUGGAAAAAAUGAACAGCCGCCGACGGCCGCCGCGAAAGCCAAACCAGGAAAACACAUCCCCCCGUCCCCUCUUCAUCCGGCACGUCCGCCCUCCGCCGCCAUGGUGAAGCGGUGGCUCCCCCUAGAGGCCAACCCCGACGUCAUGAACCAGUUCAUGUGGGGUCUGGGAGUGCCGGAGGACGUGGGGUUCUGCGACGUGUACGGGCUCGACGACGAGAUGCUCGCCAUGGUGCCGCAGCCGGUCCUCGCCGUCCUCUUGCUCUACCCGCAGGAUGGGAAGAAGGAAUCUGAUGCUUCGACUGCUUCCACGGUGGAGAGCAAGGAGCCCAACAAGAAAGUAUAUUUUACAAAGCAGACUGUUGGCAAUGCUUGCGGAACAAUUGGUAUUAUUCAUGCAGUAGGGAAUGCUGUGUCCAGAAUCAAGCUAGUUGAUGGGUCCUAUUUUCAUAGAUUCUAUAAACAAACUGCUGAUAUGGAUCCUAUCCAGCGUGCUGCUUUUCUUGAGGAGGACGAAGAAAUGGAGGAUGCUCAUUCUGUUGCUGCUGCUGGUGGUGAUACAGAGGCCAAGGAUGGGGUGAUUGAACAUUAUGUUUGUUUUUCUUGUGUUGAUGGUGAACUUUAUGAGCUUGAUGGAGGAAAGCCGCAGCCAAUACAUCAUGGCCAUUCCUCUCCUGAUAGCUUGUUGCAGGAUUCUGCAAGAGUCAUAAAAGCAAGGAUUGUGGAGUAUUCUGGGUCGAUCAACUUCAAUGUGAUGGCUCUCUCAAAGAAGGAUUGAUACAUGGAUCCAGGUUUCUGCAAGAGUCAUAAAAGCAAGGAUUAUGUAGUAUUCCGGCGAUCAACUUCAGUGUGAUGGCUCUCUCAAAGAAGGAUUGAUACAUGGACCCAGGGAGAAUGUUUACUGAUUUCCACCAAUGUACGUCCCACAUAGAAAUGAUACACCGGCCUCAGUUAAGUCCAACCGCAGCAGUGCUCAGUUUUUCAGUCUGUUAGGUUGAUGUAGAAAUGAUCGAAGUACUAAUACAAGAACAUAAAAUGACCGUGACAGAAGAUAUACUUGAGCUUAACUUUUUUUGUGUGGUUAGUUUCACUUUGCAUCCUGUUACAUUAAGGGUCA